GGGGCUUUAUUUAUUUAUUCCUACGUGAGCAGACCCAGCACACUUCUUGCAUACAAAGAGUGAAAUCACAACCUAAAGGACCUAUCCUACCUUCUUUUGGAGUGACCUUAGUGCUAGUGAGAGCCUUGCCUACUUUUUAAGGCUAAGAAGACUCAUUUUCUGCAGGUAAACCAAAAGCUUUCAGGAAAGGCUUUCUGCUAUUCUGCUUUGUCUGGUUACCCAGCCUGGACCUCUGUCCUGUUUACAGAACUGAGGGAAGCCCUUGGACAUGAUCUGCCUUGUGUUUGCAGGAACUGCAGUAACAACCACGCAUCAAUAACUCUUCUCACUGAAUCACACUGGAUGCUGUGCUUUGCCCUGGGCAUAAGUGGUGACAUUUUCCUUACCUGUUUGGGAAGAUUUUAACUGGACAUUGAAAAGAUGGCUGAGGAAGAAAAACCAUGUCUAAAGAAAGCAAUUCAGCUCGGUAUUAAUGGAUAUAUUCCAUCAGUACAACUAUGCAUCAGAAAUGAAAGUGCCCCCCAAAGUUGUUAUGCUUGUUUAGACAACAUGCAAAUAAAACACAUGUGACUGGUCUAUCAGAAAAAAAAAGGUCCCUAAUGGAGAGCUGCUGUCAAAUGAGAGCUACCAGGAAAGCCAUAGACUCAACCUUACCUUUAAACUAGUUACCUGAAACAGCCUGCUGCAAUUUUGUAAUACAAAGACCAUGUUAUCCAUAGCUAAAAGGAUUUCUGCAUUCCUGAGUUGCAAGAAAUCUUUCCUUAAAUUUUAUAUUUAAUUCAUCUUAGUUUCUGGUCUAAUCGAAGGAGGAUCCCCAAAGAGAACAUGCCAGUUGAAAAUAUACAUAACACCAAGGAGAAGAAUGAUAAGCUCCGGGAGUAAGGUGUCAAUUUGUAUCUUAGGAACAGCAUCACCAAGCAGGUCAAAUGUCAAGUGAAAUGGGCCGCAGAGAAGCGCGUUGCUUGCAGACCCUGAGCUGCGGGUCCCCGGCGCAGCGGGCCCCGGGGGUGCGGCCGGCGCUGCUGAAGAGGAACAGCCUGGACUCGGCGGAGCGGGCGCGGCGGCCGCAGCACCGCCGGAGCCGCUCCCAGCAGGUCCGCUUCAAGGAGGAUGGGGCCGGCUCCCGGGCAGACACUGCGCUCACAGCCGGGAAAACGCAGCUCUUUAGGGAUCACAGCUUUCUGCUAGCUCAGUCCCCAACUUUUCCAAGGGCUCAGAAGGGGCUUCGGAAUAUUGCCAUACAGACUUCGCCCAGCCUCAGGAAACACUUCCCUGUUUUUAAAAGGAAAAGGCUGACAGCAAGCAAAUCACUGACAGAAAUGCCAGAUGAGCCUGCAAACUCUAUCCAGGUAAAUGGCAACCUUUGUGAACCAGACACUGUGUCCUCAGAGCUCUGCUACUUGAGGAUAAGCAGUGACCUGGAGGAGGGAUGCAGGGAUGGUGAGGAGGGCUUGGCUCGGAGGCCAUCCAAAGCACAAAGCAACGGGCCGAGGCACUCGGGGGAUUUCUCAGUGUCAGACAAGACAACUGCUUCUACACAGGUGCCUGAAUACAUCCAUGUGAGUUUCCUACAGGACAGGAACGUCCCCCUGGAUGCACCAGACACAACCACAGCCUCAAGUAAUUCACUGCAUUCUUCUACCGCCAUCAGCAGCAGCGAAAGUCACGAAAACAGCACACUGUCAUCUGACUCUGACAGAGCAGAGCCUUGCCUAAGCAAUUCUAUGAGCUGCAGCGAAUGUAACCCCCACUCUGCUGCUGGGGAAGUGCAGAAAAGCAAUUCUGAGCUGCCUGUAGCCAGUAAAGAUGCCAGCAGUAAGGAAACUACUCCAGUGUCACCGCCACCAAAUCCCAGCUCAUCUCCCUGUUCCCUCAGAGACUGUCACCAGGCAGGAGAGCACAAGCCAGAUUCCAGCUGUGUGACCUCAGCAAGUGAUGAUUUCCCAACAGUGUCACUCACCAGCAGCACUGCAUCAAAACCAUGUCUGCCAUGUAGCACUGAAAUCGAGAAAAAUCCCACCCAGUCGGAUGUUUCCCAGUGUAACAGCUGUUUAGAAGGAUUUCACAGAAAGUCUUAUCCGCCAAGGAAUGAAAUAAACCCACAAAGCAACAAAGAGAUUAACGAAAUAAAUCAAAUUCACUUGGAACAUGGCGAACUCUGUGCCCUACAAGGCAGGCUGCAGUCUGUAGAGGAAUCCUUGCAGUCGAACCAGGAGAAGAUUAAAGUCCUUUUGAAUGUAAUCCAAGACCUGGAAAAAUCCAGAGCCCUCAGUGAAGGGCGUAACUUCUACCACACUGGGCAGGACCUGAACAACUGCAGCACCUGCCAGAACACGGCGUGCAUCAUUUACAGUGUAGAAUAUGACUUCAGACAACAAGAAGGAAGAUUUCAUCAGAUAUUGAAAACACUGGACAAUGCAGAGCAAAAUCCAGCUUCAGCUUCACCUCAGAAGCCACCACCUGAUCCUCCAGCUCCAGAGAAAAAGGAGUUAAGGAGAAAGACAAAAAAGGUGAAAAGAAAAUGCUUCUGGUGGAUUUGACUUCCUCAUGCAUCCUUUUGCAUUUCAAAAGACACUAAAACAGAAAGAGCUUGACAGCACACACCUGAAAAUGUGCUACUAUGAAAUCACAAAUGUUUAGAAUGCUUAAUUAGAGUAUCUGAAAAAUGAAAAUAACUGAAUUUAUUUAAAUCAGCAUAAUGAAUAAAGGUGCAUGAAGAUACUAUUUUCAAGAAAAGAAAUUGUUUCUUUCAAAAGAAAGUUCUCAUUUUUUUUCAAGGACACUUUCAUAUCCUUUGUAAAGACCUUUUUUUCAACCUUCCAAAAAUAACAAGGUUUAAAUCUCUACUUUAAAAAACAGGGGUAGACAAAGCUAAGCAUGUCACACAGCCUUCAUUUCCAUUUGUAAGCAACAAGGACUAAAAGGAAAAAACUUCAUCGAGCUUUGAACAAACCACAUCAUCAAGAAUGAAUUCAGGGAAACCUAAAUUGUUCAAAGAAAUCUCUUCUCAAAGGAGACAACUAUAAUUAUUUCACUUCCCCACUGAAAUAUUUCUGUUGCUGUCAUCUAAUAUUGAACGACAAACAGAAGAAUUUCAGGUUAAGUUUUAACUCCACCCUUUUAUUUGUUCAUUAUAAAGAGCAUUUAGAAGUUUCAGCCAUUUGAUGGACUUCUCUGAAAAGAAGUGGGGAGUUGUAAAACAAGAGAAUGUCUCAGAGAUUCUUGUCCCAAGCCCUGCUCAAGCAAGGUCCAGUGCAGUGAAUUUGAGCUGUGAGCACCUCCAAAGACAAGAAUCCUCAGCUCAGUGGGGGAGGCUGCUCCAGGGUUUUUCCCUAACAUUAAUCUGAAUUUCCUGCAUCCUGGUUUGUGCCCAGUACACCUUGCUCUGUCCAAGCAAGAGGAGCUACCUGGAUAAUGAGACCUCUCUCCUAAAAGACUGAACACACCCAGUUUUCAUUGCCUCUCAUCUCCCAUGCUGCAGCCAGGAAUCCUCUCUGACCCUCCAGUGAAUUCAUGUCUUUCAUAUCCCUGGAAAGCUAAAACUGGACACAAUCAUCACAGAAUUGGCUCAGAGGUCAUCACACAAUUCCUGGAUAAAGAGGAAUAACUAUUUUGGCUACUGUGUCACUGAAUCAUUUGCCCAGUCUCUCCAUUUAAUACCUGCAUUGCUGUACCAAAAUAUCCCAAGAUUAUUUUUCGCCUUAAGAUGUAAAUUAAUAUAUGAUAAAAAACUGAACAUGAAAAUAAUAUUUAAUGAACUGAUAUGUAUUACAGACAUAAAAAAAUUAUAUAUGCUGAAAAGAUUUUAUGAAAUGUCAAUGCAGCUACUUCUUUCCUCCAAAAAUUCUCAAGUUACCAUUAGCACAGGGUGUGCCAAUGGAACCCAAUUUAUGAUUGGUGAUCCUAUUAUUUUACUCAUAAAAACAUGGUCACCUUUCAUAUGGGGGGCAGGGGGAAAAAUGUUUUCCAAAGCAAGUUGAGUGGAAUGUACUGCAGAUCUUUUCUUAGAA